UUUGAUACAAAAUACUAUUGUUUUUAAACAAUACAAAACAGACCAUGUCAUAACGAAUUAACCAUGUCGAUCCAGAUCUCAGACGAGACAUCUUAGUAAACAUGCUCUUUUGUUCAUAACGCGGCAAACAAGACACAGGACCUGUAGUUUUUGAGAAAAAAUGGACCAAGAAUUCAUAAGUGAUGCCAAAAAUCCCAGAAAAAUAAAGUGGACUCCAUUUUUAAGACAGAUCCAAAUGUUUUUUACAUUAUGUAGUCUCUAUUUCGUUUCUGGGUUGUUUUUGGGCACCCCCACCGUGGCUCGUGCCCACUUAUCCAGAGACAACUCUACGGCUGUGAGUGACAGUAUGAUAUCUUGGAUCAAUUCCGUAAAUGGCUUAUCAUCACCGAUACAUAUUCUUAUUUUGAGCUACCCAGCACACUAUUAUGGACGAAAGAAGGCCUUACAUUUUAUUGCGAUGCUCAUGAUUGCUGCAUCUACUUUGGUGUUCUUCAGUUACAAUGCUGUUCACAUACUUGUCAGUCAGUUGAUGUACGGAAACUUACUUACGGCGAGUAUGACGAUAUUACCAAUGAUAUUAAGUGAAUGUUCCUCUAUAAAAUAUCGUGGACUUUUUUAUACUCUGAAAUCAGCGACAUUGUUUUGGGGGAUAUGGAUAGCAAAUGCAAUUGGAAUAUUUACACACUUCAAAUAUAUUGGGCUGCUUGGGAUAGUGAUCUCCACCUAUGCUUUUGUUAAUUCGUUCAUUUUGCCAGAAUCUCCUUACUGGUUGGCAUCUCAUGGCAAGUAUGAAGAGAGCAUGCUGACUCAUCGCUUGUUAAAAGGAAAUUCCGAUGAAACAGAAAAAGAAUUGCAUGAUUUGUUGUCUAUGCAAAAGCAAAGGGGACGAAAGGAAACUUCAAAAAAAAGUAUUAGAUCAUUGAUUCAAAAGUACUUUAAGAUCAUGAAAUUACCUGAAGUUCGUAAGCCACUUGCACUAAGUAUUCUUGUAUUUUUAUUGUAUGACUUUUCAGGAAAAUUAAUUUGUGCAAUUUACGCGGUUGAAUUAAUGAGACAAUUGACUAGCAGCCAAACAGAAACUUAUGUGGCGGUGUUGAUUUUAGAUGGUAUUACUAUCGUGGGCAUGUAUAUUGGUUGUGUCACAUCAAGAUUUCUUAAAAGACGCACCAUGUUACUAGUUAAUUCAAGCAUUAGCGUCAUAUUUCUAUUCAUGAUUUCUCUAUAUUUAUAUCUUGUAAAAUUAGCUGUUUUACCACAAAACUCAUACAUAAUUACAGUGUUGUUAAUUGGCUACUCGUUGGCAGUGUGUUGCGGUCCAAUGAUUUUAUCGCUUACCAUUUUUGGAGAGUUGAUACCAAUGAAGGCUAGGAAUUUCUGCGUUUGCUUUUGCUGUGUAAUAUAUUACGUACUUUCAAGAACAAUAGCAAAACUUUCAUUGUUAAUGUUCAGCUACUUUGGUAUUCACGGAACUUUUUUGAUGUUUGGUAUCAGCUGUUCAGUAUGUCUUAUACUUGUAUAUAAGUAUCUGCCUGAAACAAAAGGUAAAAGUUUGUACGAAAUAGCGGCUCUAUUUGUAAAUAAAACCGAAGAAAAUGCUGAUAUAACUAUUUUAGAGACUAGUGGCACUCCAAUGUUGAUUGCUAGAAAAUAGGUAAACAAGAUAAGAGAAAUGAUUUUUGUACAAUGUAUUAAUAAUUAUA